AUGAUGCUGCUGUGGAUUAUCCUCUCCAGCUCGCUGUGCCUGAUGGUCGAAGGCCAGAUGAAGAUCCCACCAGAAACUGUGCAGCAGUGGGCUGUAUCCUUUGGCAAAGAGAUAGCUGUCCUGUCGGCUAGAUACUCUGGAGCUAGACUACUACAGAAGAAAUACAAGGACAUUGAGGGUGUGGUGAAGAUGGAGGAGGUGGACGGAGAGGAGCUGGUGAAAAAUUUUGCUGAGGAGAUGGAGGAGAUGCUCGGGAGGAAGAUGAAAUCUGUCAAGAGGUUAGCAGAAGCAGCAGAGGAUGCAGAUCUUUAUCACGACUACAAUGAAACACUGGAGUUUGACUACUAUAACUCACUGCUGAUCAACAUGGUGGAUGAGGAUGGGAAUCCAUUGCCGCUGGGAGGAGAAUUCCCUCUGGAGGAAAACGAACACUUCAAUAAUAUGCCGGUCAACACACAACUGAGUAACAUACAAGUCCCGACUAAUGUCUACAACAAAGAUACAGAUAUUCUGAACGGAGCCUAUAUGUCUGAAGCUCUGAAUGACGUGUUCAUCGAUAACUUCCAGAAAGAUCCGACUCUAACGUGGCAGUACUUUGGCAGCGCUACAGGCUUCUUCAGGCUAUACCCAGGGAUCCAGUGGACUCCAGAUGAGAAUGGUGUUGUCACAUUUGAUUGUAGAAACAGGAACUGGUACAUCCAAGCAGCCACUUCCCCCAAAGAUGUGGUGAUUGUGGUGGAUGUCAGUGGCAGUAUGAAGGGACUGAGACUGACCAUUGCCAAACACACCAUUAACACAAUUCUGGACACACUUGGAGAAAAUGACUUUGUUAACAUCAUAGCAUACAGUGACUAUGUUCGCUACGUGGAGCCCUGCUUCAAGGGCACUUUGGUACAAGCUGAUCUGGAUAACAGAGAGCAUUUCAAGCUGUUGGUUGAAGAGCUUCAUGUCAAAGGAGAGGGCAAAGUGAAAAAGGCAAUGAAGGAAUCUUUCAAGAUCCUCAAUGAGGCUGCAGCGAUGGGCCAAGGCAGCCUGUGUAACCAGGCCAUUAUGCUGAUAACAGACGGAGCCAUGGAGGAUUUCCAGGAAGUGUUUGAAAAGUUCAACUGGCCAGAAAAACGGGUUCGAGUAUUCACUUAUCUGAUUGGAAGAGAGAUGACAUUUGCUGAUAAUGUCAAAUGGAUUGCCUGCAACAACAAGGGUUACUACACACACAUCUCCACAUUGGCUGACGUCCAGGAAAACGUUAUGGAGUACCUCCAUGUUCUCAGCCGGCCAAUGGUCAUCAACCAUGAUCACGACAUCAUCUGGACUGAGGCCUAUAUGGACAGUGUGCUGUUCAACACUCAGGCCCAGAGCUUGCUCCUGAUGACCUCAGUAGCAAUGCCUGUGUUCAGCAAGAAAGAAGAGACUUUGUCUCAUGGGAUUUUGCUGGGAGUGGUAGGAACUGACGUGGCUUUAAGAGAACUGAUGAAAUUAGCUCCAAGAUACAAGCUGGGUAUCCAUGGUUACGCUUACCUCAUCACCAACAAUGGCUACAUCCUGUCUCAUCCUGAGCUACGACCUCUGUAUAAGGAGGGCAAGAAGCUGAAGCCAAAACCCAACUAUAACAGUGUUGAUCUGUCUGAAGUGGAAUGGGAAGACACUGAGGAGAAGCUGAGGACAGCCAUGGUUAAAGGAGAAACUGGAACCAUGUCCUUAGACGUGAGAACUGCGGUGGAUAAAGGAAGGAGAGUUAUGUUCCUAAAGAACGAUUACUUCUACACCGUCAUCAACGAGACACCAUUCAGUAUGGGUAUAGUGUUGACUAGAGGAUAUGGAGAGUAUAUCUUCUUUGGAAACGUCUCUGUUGAGGAGGGUCUUCAUGACUUACAAGCUCCAGAUUUGACCAUAGCCAACGAAUGGACCUACUGUGAGACGGACAUUGACCCAGCGCAUCGUAAGCUGAGCCAGCUGCAGGCUGUGGUGCGAUACCUUACAGGGAAAGAACCAGAUCUGGAGUGUGAUGAGCUGCUGUUGCAGCAAACUCUAUUUGAUGCAGUGGUCACGGCUCCUAUGGAAGCUUAUUGGACCGCCCUCAUGCUCAACACAUCUGGUAUGGAUGAGGGGGUUGAAACGGCAUUCUUGGGGACCCGAUCAGGCCUGAUGAGAUUCCAGAGGUACACUGGCAUUGAAAAAAGAGUUGGCAAGUCUUUCCUGAGCCCCACAGACAAGGAGAAUAUGUUCACCCUGGACCAUUUCCCCGUGUGGUACCGCAGAGCUGCCGAGUACCCAGCCGGACAGUUUCUAUAUUACAUGCCCAGACAAGAGACUAGAGCAGGGAGGAUAGUGAUCGCUACCACUUCUAUCACUGUAACGGUGGGGAAGAAAACUGCCAUCGCUGGAGCCACUGGUGUUCAGAUGACUCUGGAGGUGAUUGAGUCCAGAUUUUGGGCCAUUGCAGCUCAGCCAAAUGACACAGAUUGCUCCGAUGUGGAGGGGAUUUGUCCUCUUCGGUGUGACAGCAUUGAUAUUGAGUGCUACGUGAUUGAUAAUAAUGGCUUUGUCCUAAUUUCUAAACAACGCAAUGAUGCAGGGAGGUUCUUUGGCGAGAUUGAUGGAUCAGUGAUGGCCACAUUGAUCAGGAUGGGCAUGUUCAAAAGGGUGUCCUUGUUUGACUACCAGGCCAUGUGUAAGAUGAACCCGCACUCUGUCAGCAGCGCCCGUCCACUUCUCAGUCCGUUCUAUGGUUUGGCUUCAGCCCUCAAGUGGUUCCUCUCCAACUUCCUACUGUUUCUCCUGGAGUUUAAUUUCUGUGGCUUCUGGCACACGGAGCAUUUUGCUGACGCCAAGCCAUCUGUCGGCCUGUUCAGGCAAAAGACAUUACCCACAGCCAAGCCGUCAGACUGUGUUGACCAGCUGCAGAGACAGACUCAUAAGAAAAAAGGGGACAUCCUGCAGCCGUGUGACACAGAGUACCCCAGCUUCGUCUACGAGCCGUCAGUCAAAGAGACCAACAGCAUUAUUAAGUGCGGACGCUGCCAGAAGAUGUUUGUAGUGCAGCAGAUACCAGAGAGCAACCUGCUGAUGCUGGUGGUACAGGCAGACUGUGACUGCUCCAGACAGUAUGGACCCAUCACCAUGGAGCCCAAGGAAGUCAGAUAUAACGCCUCAGUAAAGUGUGACAGGAUGAGGUCGCAGAAGAUUCGUAGACGCCCAGAGUCCUGCCACGCUUAUCACCCUCAGGAGAACGCCAAUGACUGUGGAGGAGCGUCUGUUAUAUCUCUCUCAGCCUCUCUCUUCCUCCUCUGUCUCUCCUUAUCGGCACUUGUCUCAUGAUGAUGGACAACUUUGCUGUUUCAACCAUUCUCAUAUAAAGGAGGAGAUUGGAAAACACACAAAAUCCAAAGACUUGGUUUGGAUACUGGACACCACAAGUGGAUUUUUUUACAUGUCUAAUUCUUACAAUUUGCUCAUGACAACCACAAAACCUAUUCGCUCUUUAAGGACCUUUGAAGUGGUUUACGAGCAUUUGUUGGUUAACUCCUGAAAAUGACUGCAUCUGAACUGAAAACUGCAAAGAAAGAAAAUUAAUGGGCUCUUGUUGCCAUGGAUACUUUUUCCGUUAGUUACUUUCUCAUACACCACUUUGCAUCUCGAAAUGAAAAGAACUAAAGAUAUGCAGGUGGUAGCUAUGACUCGCAUUGAAAAAAGGGGAUUAUGUGUCACAAGAUGCAACAUAAAGUCCAGGGGGGAAGAAUUAUGUUUCUCAUAUCUCAUUGCAGACACACAUGCAUAUUAUAUAUGCAGCUGCAAGCACGCACACCUACAUUACGCACAUCCAAUACUUUAUCACCCUGAAUGCUUCAUUGACAGACUAUCAUACAAUAUGUGCUUUUUUGUUGAAAGAUAGCCAUUGACAGAAGAGGGAUGGUGUUGCAGUACUGCUGCUGGGAGUCAUGUUUUACAUGGAAAAUGGAUCUAGAAAGAUUAUCUAGAAAGUCAUUGCAAUGGGGUUAUAAAGAGCUUAAAGUAUAAUAAAGAUAAUCAAUCAGAAUUUUCAGCUUCUUCAGGAUCUUAUUUUUGAGGGUUUUUUUUAUUUUGAUUACUUCCCAAAAGCGUUUGUAUUUCUGACAGUUGUUUUAAAAAUGUCUGUCUGCCUUUCUGUCUUCAUCAGCUGUGUCUUUAUGUGUGUUUGUACAUACUGUAUGUAAUCAUGUCUGUCUGUUUGGCUCGACGUCACUGUAGAAACUGGAAUAGUGCUGUAGACUCUCACUGGGUGUAGGUCUGCAAUCAACAUUGAUUACACUAUGAUAGGCUAAAAUUCAAAAUGACUUUAGAUUAGAUUUUUUUUUUAGAUGAAAAACAUACAUAGUUUUGAGAUGUAUCUGGAAUGUGUUUACCACAAAGAUUAUUUGCACUUUCAUCACAAAAUGUUGAUUUUUAAAACAAUUUUGAUGCAUUUGAUGGUGCAGAUGGUUUUGGAAUACUUUUAUUGGGCUCCAACGCCAUGUAACUGCUAUUUAUUGACAUAAAUAAAAAUAUGAUUUUAUAAUUUCAUGAUAAAUGCAAGAUAACAAACUUGUCAUAUGUACUGUAAAAGCCUACUGUACUGUAAAAGCAAAAUGUCAUGUUGAUACACAUGUAAUUAUAGCAAAUGAAGUUGUGAGCACUCGCAAAUAAGUAUGUAACACUUUUAAUAAUGCACAGCAGCAGUGAGACACGCUACCUAUGUAAUUGCAAUGUAAAUUAAAAGUGUAAAUCUAUUUGCAUAAGGUAUUUUUGUAUACAUCUGCUUGUGUGUUUCAUAUGUUGAACUGUUUUGCUCAGCAUAUUGUGGGCUGUGAGUGUCCCUGUAGCUUUUUCUAUAUUUUUUUUGAAUCAUCUUCUAAAGCAUGUGUUUAAGUUUAACUAAUUCUGAUGAAAAAUUGCCUGAGAUUUUGCCUGUUUAUGUAAUAGAUACAUAUUGUGUGUAUGGGUGUGCAUCAUUACAGUAUGUUUAUUCAUUUCUUUCAUUUUUGUUUUUCAUUGACACUAUACAAUAUUCUGUCUAUUGUAUGGUUGACAUGUGUCCAUAUUGUAUAUUGAUGAAUGAACCAUG